ACCCAUACUCACCCAGUUACAUUGGUUAGCAAACAUAUAUAUAUGCUCCUGUACCCUUCUGAGCGUUCAUUAGGAAGUGCAUGGGAAGAGAACAAGAAUAAAACACAUCCUUCUAUAGAAAAAGUUUUAUGGACUAACACAAGAGCCUCUCAAGCACAAUUAUUUCAGGAGAACAGAGAUCCAGAGUCCACGUUUUCUCUUUUCUCUUCCGUGGCAAAUACUUGGCUGAAUAGAGAUGGGCUGGAACAGCAACACUUCCAUUGGUUUUGUGUUUAUCCUGGCUUUUCUCUCCAUUUUGAAAACAGCAGGUUUCUGGAACAGCAGCACUUCCAUUGUUUUAGUGUUGAUCGUGGCUUUUCUCUCCAUUCUGAAAACAGCAGGUUUCUGGAACAAUGACCGAAGACAGAACUUUCCUCCAGGUCCAAGACCAUUACCUAUAAUUGGAAACCUUCUUUUGUUUGACUUGAAGAGACCCUACAGGACUUAUCUAGAGCUGUCCAAAAAGUAUGGUCCAGUCUUCAGUGUUCAGAUGGGGCACAGGAAAGUUGUGGUGAUUUCUGGCUAUGAGACAGUGAAGGAAGCUCUUGUAAACCAAGCAGAUGCAUUUGCAGAGAGACCUAAAAUCCCAAUCUUUGAAGAUCUGACUAAAGGAAAUGGGGUUGUUUUUGCCCAUGGUGAAAACUGGAAGGUGAUGAGAAGGUUUACCCUCACAGCCCUGCGAGACUUUGGGAUGGGCAAAAAGGCCAUUGAGGAUCGGAUCGUGGAGGAGUACGGGCACCUGGCAGAGUCCAUUGCGUCCCAGGAAGGAAAUCCCAUUGAUGCCAGCAAAAUAAUUAAUGCAGCAGUUGCUAAUAUAAUUGUCUCAAUAUUGCUUGGAAAACGAUUUGACUACAAAGACCCCAGAUUUGUGAGACUUGUAACUAUGACCAAUGAAAACAUGAGGCUUGCUGGGAAACCUUUGGUUACGAUGUACAAUAUCUUCCCAUACCUUGGAUUCCUCCUAAGGGCAAACAAGGCUCUCCUUCGAAACAGAGAUGAAUUCCACGAUUUUGUACGAGUUACUUUUGUAGAGUACCUCAAAAACCUGGACAAAAAUGACCAAAGAAGUUUUAUUGAUGCCUUCCUGGUUAAACAGCAGGAGGAGAAAUCCACUACCAAUGGGUAUUUCCAUAAUGGCAACUUGCUAAGCUUGGUGAGCAAUUUGUUUACUGCUGGUGUUGAGACCAUUUCCACCACACUAAACUGGGGCUUUCUGCUGAUGCUAAAGUACCCUGAAAUCCAGAAAAAGGUCCAAGACGAGAUAGAGCAAGUGAUAGGAUCCAACCCCCCGCGGAUCGAGCACCGAGCUCAGAUGCCAUACACAGACGCUGUCAUCCAUGAAAUUCAGAGGUAUGCCAAUAUCCUGCCACUGGAUUUGCCUCAUGAGACUGCUGCAGAUGUCACCCUCCAAGGCUACUUCAUCCCCAAGGGAACCUUCAUCAUCCCUUUACUGACCUCAGUCCUGAAAGACGAGUCGCAAUGGGAGAAACCAGACAUGUUCUACCCUGAGCACUUCCUUGAUGCCAAUGGGAAAUUUGUGAAGAAAGAUGCUUUCAUGCCUUUCUCAGCAGGGAGGAGGAUCUGUGCUGGGGAGACUCUCGCCAAAAUGGAGCUCUUCCUCUUCUUCACCAGUCUCCUGCAGAGGUUCAACUUCCUCCCUCCACCUGGAGUUUCCAACUCAGACCUGGACCUCAGUCCUGCAGUUUCAUUUAAUGUCAUCCCCAAACCCUAUAAAAUGUGUGCUGUAGCACGCUCUUAGAGCUCUAAUCCACUGUGUUGCUAAAAUGUUUAAAUCACUUUUCCAUGGCAUCUGUCUUAAUUCUUUUACCAAAAUAAUAAUCCAUAUUUCAAUUAAGGUUUCAAGUACUUCUAAACCAAAGUGGUGUUAUUUUUUGGGAGAGGGCAGAAAUGGACCAGAAGUGUGAAGUAACUGAUGGCUCAUGGAUUAAUCUCUUAGAUCACCUAAUCUUGGUUAAAUAAUACAGGUCUUCAGCUUUCCUAUUCUUGCUGCCGUGUUCACUGUUUGUUGAAAGCAUAUCUCAAAAAAUGCUCCCAAGUCCAGGUUUUCCCCAAAGACAUAUGGGCUAUGAAGCUGUGCUUAGGUUGUACAAGGAGGUAAAUGUAGGAUGUUCAGAGUUUGAGGCUGUCAGAACAGAAGGGCUGUUUGACCUUGGCAGGCAGCUGGGUUUGAAGCUGGGCUGGAUAUCCUGAUGUCCCCCAGUGCCUCAGUGCAGCUUCUUCCCUUGGCUCUUCUCCCUACCCCAGUUCCAUGUGCAAAGAAAUCACAGUUCUGUAUUUGUAGAUCACUUCUGAGGAAAAACCUUAAGCCAAGCUGACCUGAAUUCAGGUCUUUAAGAUUUUCCCUGAGUAUUUCUUAACUGGAUAAACUCAGUACAUAAAGCGUACACACACAAGAAAAUGUCUUACCUACUUAAAGCCAAGGUUUGUGAAAUUGAAGUUUCAGGAGUUCCCAGGUCAAAUCCCACAGCUGUGGUCACACCUCCACACAUACAGAUCAGUGAACCUUCUGGAAGAGGCCUCAAAUCUCAUCAAAACCAACCAACUGAUCAUUCUGCAGCUCUGUCCAAGAGCAUCCACCGUCAAGUAGAGCUAAGACCAUCUCCUAAAUGUCUGGAUUUAUGUUCCCUGGUUCAUGUUACCCUGUUUAUGUGUGCAUGACAACCCCAAAGUAACAACACCCACAGCCAGCCUAUCAGAAAUCACCCAGUGUUGGGGAAAAAAAUUAAAUUAUUAUGGCUUGCCUCUGUAUCUAUCCAGCACUGUAAUGCAGCAGCUCAUUCUUCAGUUAUUAUUUCAACUUCCUUGUGUGGAAGCUGAAUUUGACUCCUACUCACUGCCCUUCUCCACACUUUCUUUUAAAAAUAAAAAGCUUUCAAAAAGGCA